GGAGGCGCGGGAGGUGCCGGUGAGCGCCGUGAUGGCUCCGAGCGCGGAAGGCGGGCAGGGCACGCUGGGGCGCGGGGUCCGGAAGGGCGUCCGGGCCGUGCUUCUGGGGCCGCCCGGCGCGGGGAAGGGCACUCAGGCUCCCCGGCUCGCUGAAACCUACUGUGUGUGCCACCUGGCCACAGGAGACAUGUUGAGGGCGAUGGUGGCUUCUGGCUCAGAACUGGGGAAAAGGCUGAAGGAGACAAUGGAUGCUGGGAAGCUGGUGAGUGAUGAGAUGGUGAUGGAGCUGAUUGAGAAAAACCUGGAGACACCCCUCUGCAAAAAUGGCUUCCUCUUGGAUGGGUUCCCUCGUACUGUGCGACAAGCAGAGAUGCUGGAUGAGCUCAUGGUAAAGAGGAAAGAGAAACUAGAUUCAGUCAUCGAAUUCAGCAUCGUGGACUCCUUACUCAUCCGAAGAAUCACUGGACGGCUAAUCCACCCAGGAAGUGGCCGCUCAUACCAUGAGGAAUUCAACCCUCCCAAGGUCCAUAUGAAGGAUGAUGUCACAGGGGAAUCUCUGAUCCGCCGGUCAGAUGACAACGAAGCAGCGCUGAAAACACGGCUGAAGGCUUAUCACACCCAGACUACACCUCUGGUGGACUACUACUCCCAGCGUGGCAUCCAUACAGCAAUUGAUGCUUCCCAGUCUCCAGAUGUGGUUUUUGCCAGCAUCCUGGCAGCUUUCUCAAAAGCAACAAGUAAAGACCUGGUUAUGUUCAUUUAAGGCUCUUCUCUUCCUUUCUGGCACUCCCUUCUCCUUUCCUGUCUUCUGGGGUCAGCAGGAAAGAAUGCUGUAGGAGUGGGUGCAAAACGACUGUGGAGAAAGGCUGUACCAGCAGUCCAUUAAACAAACGUGUGACUCCUCA